AAAAUUUUAAAAAGAAAAUAAAAAACUAAAAAAGAGAAAGAAAAAAAAAAAAGAAGGAUCAUCAUCGGAAAUGGCGACCGUGGCAUGGAAGCAGCUCCUUCUGAACGCUCUUGAAUCCAACUCUCAUCUCAAGCACUCUACUUUCUUUCAGCUCGCAACGGUUGGAACCAACGGAACACCUUCCAACCGCACCGUUGUUUUCAGAGGAUUCCAAGACAACACUGAUAACAUCCAAAUCAACACUGAUGCCCGCAAUCGCAAGAUUGAAGAGCUCAAGCGUUGGCCCUCUGCUGAGAUAUGCUGGUACUUCACAGAUUCUUGGGAGCAAUUCCGGAUACAUGGGAACAUAGAUAUCAUUGACGGAGCGAAUCCUGACCCACUGAAACUUCAGUUCAUACUGCAGCAAAGAGAGAAAUCAUGGUUUGCGAAUUCACUGAGAUCAAGGUCACAAUAUUUAGGGCCGAACCCUGGUCUUCCGCGUCUAAUAGAGCAAGCACAGCCAGAAGUAUCUUUAGAUCCUUCUACAGGUCCAGUUGAUGCUUUUUGUCUGCUGAUCCUAGAACCAGAUCAGGUUGAUUACUUGAAUCUGAAGAGUAAUCAGAGGCUCACUUUCAAAACAGUUGUUAGUGCUGCCACAGACAAAAGCUGGGUUAUGGAAAGGGUCAACCUGUAAUCAAGUUCACUGUCGUAUUUAGACUUCACUUUAGACCAUUCAUUGCAUAUUUCGAGUAUAGGAGGCAGGACUGACCAGAAUGUUCCAGUCAGACUUUCAUCAUACAACAUACGAUAGAUCAGCAUUUGUGCCUGUAAAGGUUCUGAAAAGUUUAAUGCUGUCCGCUGGAGGAGAAGGUAGGGACUCGGAUUCCCCUUUUCCGUUGUAAACUAUAAAUACCAUGCCUAGCCCCCAUGAUUGGUGUAUAUCAAUGUGGCAAUGCAUAUACCAGACGCCUGCGAAAAUUAUCAAAGUUAUUUCAAGAAAUCAAUAAGUCCUGUUGUUUAACAGGGAAAUGAAAUAUACACUAAGGAUUUUUACCUGGAUUAUUGGCGACAAAGCGAAUUGCUGCCCAUCCACCAACCGGAACUCCAAUCGUGCUCAUGUACGGAGGAUCGACUAAGUUGAAUUUCGCAGUUUGAGGGUUAUAAUUUCCUGUACCAUAGCCUACAACAUAGAAACUGUGGCCAUGGAAAUGCAUUGGGUGGUUCUCAAUGUUUACUGUUCCAGUGUCCUGGAAAAUGAGUUGCACCUUGCUACCAUACUCAAGGACUUUUGUUCUAGUCCCAUUCAAUGACUGUGUGUCAUGUGGAAUGUUAUUAGGUGCGCCAUUGACAAAGUUGUAGAACUUAGAUGGUCUGUCAGGAAAAUCUUCGGUAUAUGAUCCUUUUUUAUUCUUAUAGUAUGCUUCCAGGAUUGAAAUAUUCGGAUUAACAAAACUUAUGUUGUUCAUCGAAGCUGCCAGCACCCCGUUAUUCAUGGCUUGGCAGUUCUUCUUCGGUGUCUUUGAAUGGCAUUUUUGAACAUUCAAUCCAAUGGUGAUGAAUAGGUUUUUAUCAAUUUCUUUGAAGACAUCGACUUGGUUUAGGCUCCUUAAUCCAUCCAUGACUGUCUUAACGGCAAGUUUAUCGUCGAGUUUGGGUAAUUUAGCUGGCAAAUAUAAGCUAUUAGAUGCAGCUCCUAAAUAGUUUAAGCAAGCAAUUGCUGAAACGUUUUGAUAAUGAACAAUUCUUCCUGAUUUGUAAGGCGCCACAGCCAUGGAGUAUUUCCCUACGGGUUGAUCAGCAGUGACAAGGACAUUCAAUGUUUGGCCUGGUCCUAACAUCACCGUGUCCGUGGUGAACGGCUUCGUGUACUCAGCAUCAGCUUCCACAAUUGUUAGUUUGUGAUUUGCAAUGGCAAAGAAAUUCUCAGUGUUUAAACCAGCAUUGAUCAGCCUCAACAAAUAUGUCUUCCUAGGAACCACAUCAAGUUGAUAGACAUCUGAAAUUAUGAGGAAGAAAAGGUAAGACAGAAAACUAUGAUGGUUACUACUUUUGUUCUUAAUAAGUCUCCUCUUAGAUAAAACUAUUUCAUUAUUAAAAGACCAAUGUAUUUAUAUGCAAAUUGUAUUAAGAUACAUUGAUCUUUUAAUGUACUACUUUGUUCAAGUGAACAAUGGGAGUAAUUGUUAUCUUCUAUCAUCUUAAUUACCAUUAGUGGAGCAAUUAUAGUUGGGGCCUGGAUGACCAUUAAUGGUGAAUGCAUCUGCUCUAGGAGGAGCUCCUCCACUUGCUAGAGUUGAAUGCUCAAUUUCUUGGAGAUCCUUUAUCCAAUAUUCUCCUGCCAUAUUUUGGAAAAACCAACAAGAACAGCAUUACAUUAUGGAGAACAGGAAACUAGGAAACAACCUGAAUUCAAAAACCAAGGAAUGGAGGAGCAUCUUGUAAGUUACCUAAUAAGAUUAUGUGCUCUUGAUACGGAUUCUUGAAAGGGUAAUGAACAUUGGCCUUAGGGUAAACAACCAUUGCACCAUAAACUGUGCCUCUUAGCCAAGAAACAUGUGCAUGCCAAAAGAAGGUUCCCUUCUGCUUUGCCACCGUAAAAUUAUAGGUGAAACUUUGUCCUGAUUGAAUCGGGCACUGCGUGAUAUAGGACGGCCCAUCGUACCAACACGAUAACUGUUGCCGGAUACCAUGCCUGAGCAUUUGUAAGUUCAAUAUAUGUUAGUGAUGAAUGAUGUUGAUACUUUUGAAAGCAACUUAAUGCAUGGCAUUACCAGUGAAUUGUGAUAUUGAAGGGUGUCUUAUUGGUAA